CGUCAUCUCUAAAAUUAUACCGAGCGGUUGAGGCAGCCAUCUUUUGAUCUCAGUUCUUUCAAGGUUUGUUUCGCCACAAUGGCGUACAAAGCGCAAGGCAUUCGGACUUUGGGAAUCGCUCAAAUAGUGAUCGGUUCCUUGAUGGCAAUUUUCGGCAUUUCAUCUGUUGCUACAGUAUCCAACUGGACUUCAAUCGCUGGAUUUGGUAUUUGGAUCGGUAUUUGGGUUGUUAUCACAGGCGUCCUUGGCUAUAUUGGAGCAAAAGAUAACAACACCCCUAACAACUGCCUGAUUGGCACCAUGAUUGGUUUUGCGGUGACGGCAUGUGUGUUAAGCGGCAUAAUGAUUAUCUGCUACUCCAUUGCUGUUGGACAAUUUUCAUAUGAACUCCGCCAGAGUGGGAAUUAUGGCUGGGGGGGUGGGUAUCCACCAGAUGAAGCCAGAGCAGGGCUGGGUUUUGGUAUCGCCCUGCUUAUUUUGGCCCUGACUGAGUUCUUCAUUUCAUUGGCAUCUUCCAUCUAUGGUUGUAAUUCAUGCUGCUGUGUAGCUCCAUCAGUCAGGGCAAACCAACAGCAAGUUGUGUACCUACAAGCUCAGCCUGGACAACCUGGACAACCGGGUCAGGUCAUUGUUCUGGGGCCAAACGGAGCUGUUACCGGAACCACAACCAUACAGACCUACCCAAACCAAGCACCCGUCAUCAUCCAGCAACCGGGAGUGGCUCAGGGAUCUUGGUUUCAAGGAGCUCCACAGGGCUACCCCCAGGGGUAUUGUCAGGGCUACCCCCAGGGGAACAGUCAGGGUUACCCCCAGCAACAGCCUUACCAGACUAAGAACGAAGCAUCAGCACCCCCAGCCUACUCAGCCCAGUGAGAGUUUCCAAGAAAACCUUGUCUACAUCCUGUGAUAUGGCAGCCGUCGCUUUAUAGUGUGGUAUACUCAGGUGGCUUGCACCAUUAGCUUUGGCCAGAUGGUCUAGAUAUAUACUAGGAUCAGUAGAGACACCUUCAAGCUCUAUAGCUAUAAACUCACAGUAUAUUAUUCACAUUUAACUCAAGGACCUUAAAGUUGCAAAGUUGUGAGCUAUCCAAAAAGAGAUAGAUAGAGUUAAUAGCGAAGGAUUCCUUGAAUGAUGAGGUUCUUUUAGUUUUACUAGCAGUGUCUCUGGCUCACUAGAAAUGUGGCCAUGAUGGCCCUUAUUGUAGAUUGAACAUUUUUAUAUAUACUGUAGUAUCACUAAACAAAUAAAUUGAUGGAAAGGAAUUCCUUGGAAAAGGUUUUUUUAGUUAAACUAGCCUGUCCCCGGCUCACUAGAAAUGUGGCCAUGAUGGCCCUCAUUGUAGAUUGAACAUUUUUAUAUAUACUGUAGUAUCACUAAACAAAUAAAUUGAUGGAAAGGAAUUCCUUGGAAAAGGUUUUUUUAGUUAAACUAGCCUGUCCCCGGCUCACUAGAAAUGUGUCCAAUGAUACCCCUUAUUGUGGAUUGAACAUUUGUAUAUAUACUGUACUAUCACUAAACAAAUAAAUUGAUGGAAAGGAA